CUGCGGCUCCAGUCCAGAGUUCAGCAGCUCAGCGGAUCUUUACUCCAGUUUUUUUUUUUUUUUUAAAUCUCUGUUUCUUCACUGAGCCCGCGAACACACACUGACUGCGACUUUAACUUUAACCCUGGUUCAUUUUUUUAAUCCUUCACGGAGACAUUUUCUGUCUCCUUUUGGACUCAUUUUGGAUUUUACGCAUUUUUGACGUUUCUUUGGAGCUCCGGAGCUUUCUACCCAGGACAGCUCCGUGCCGACACGCCAUGGCACGUUUGUUACUACCGUGUCUCUUGCUGUGUGUAUCAGCUCAGACGGCCCUCUCCUCCGGCUUCUUCGAGCUGAAGAUCGACUCCUUCAGCAGCUCCCGUGGUGUGUGCCGUAACCAGCCCCGGGAAUGCCAGAUCUUUUUCCGUGUGUGUCUCAAACACUCGCAGGACGUUAUCAACCCGGAGCCGCCGUGCACGUACGGGACCGCGCUCACCGAGAUCUUCGGCGCCGACUCGAAAUCCAUCUCGGAGAGCGCUCCCAUCAGGGUGCCCUUUCACUUCAAGUGGCCGGGGACUUUCUCUCUGAUCAUUGAGGCCUGGAAUGCGGAGUCUUCAGGACUGGAGUCUACAGGGAACCAGAACAACCUCAUCAGCCGGCUGGCGACCCGCCGCAAGCUGACGGUGGGGGAGGAAUGGUCCCAGGACGUUCACUUUGGCAACCAGAGCGAGCUGCGCUACUCCUACCACAUCAUGUGUGAUGAGAACUACCACGGAGAGGCCUGCUCCGCCUACUGCCGGCCCCGAAACGACACCUGGGGACACUACACCUGCGACGAUGACGGGGAGCAACACUGUCUGGAGGGCUGGGAGGGAGAAUACUGCAUUAAACCCAUCUGUGCGGCGGGUUGCAGCACGGACCACGGCUCCUGCGAGUCCCCCGGAGAGUGCGUGUGCCGGAUGGGCUGGCAGGGCGAGCGAUGCGAUGAGUGCGCCCGCCACCCGAGCUGCCUCCACGGUACCUGCCAGCAGCCGGGACAGUGCAACUGCAAGGAGGGCUGGGGAGGCCUGUACUGUGACGAAGACCUGAACUACUGCACCAACCACAAGCCAUGCCAGAACAAAGCCACGUGCACCAACACCGGCCAGGGCAGCUACACCUGCGCCUGCCGCCCCGGCUUCACCGGCAAGAACUGCGAGAUCGAAACCAACGAGUGCGACAGCAACCCCUGCAAGAACGGAGGCAGCUGCAAAGAUUUGGUGAACGACUACUCGUGUGCGUGUCCUCAAGGCUUCUACGGGAAGAACUGUGAGAUCAGCGCCAUGACGUGUGCCGACGGGCCGUGCUUUAACGGAGGAACCUGCAUGGAGAAUGCCAUCGGCGGGUACAGCUGCCGUUGCCCUCCUGGUUACACCGGCUCCAACUGUGAGAAGAGGAUCGACAGGUGCAGCAGCAACCCCUGCGCUAACGGCGCUCACUGUCUGGACCUCGGUCAUCGCGUCAUGUGCCGCUGCCAGGCCGGAUUCACCGGCUCCCGCUGCGAGACCAACAUCGACGACUGCGCCGGCAACCCCUGCCGCAACGCCGGCACCUGCGUCGACGGCAUCAACGACUUCACCUGCACGUGCACGCUCGGCUUCACCAGCAAGGACUGCUCCGUGCGCGCCAGCCUCUGCGACCAGUUCCCUUGUGACAACGGCGGCAAGUGUUACACCCACUUCACCGGGCCCGUGUGCGAGUGCCCGUCUGGAUUUAUGGGCGCACGUUGCGAGUACUCGUUGGAGAUGACCAAGCCGACCGCAAGGCCACACGUUCCCGCCGGUUUCCCCACGGUGCCGCUGGCAGUCGCCUUCGCGUUCGGCCUGGUGACGCUGACUCUGCUGCUGUGCGCCGCCAUCUUCAUCCUGCGGCAGCUUCGGCGCGGCAGAGAGCUGACGGCCAUGUCCACGUCGGUGAAGAACGACCUGGAGACGGUGAACAACCGCAACGCCGUGAUCGGUGGCGGCGGACCGAAUAACGGAGGCUUACCCGGAGCGGCGCUGGCCAGCCUGAGAGAGAAGGAAGCGUUCCUCAUCCCUGGAGGACAGCUGAAAGUCUCCAACAAGGACGCAGCGCUGGUGGAGAAGGGCGGAGACGGCAUGAGCAUGUUUAAGAAUAAAAUGGCGGACUGUAACCUGGCGAAAGAGGAGCAGCACCUGUCCAAGAACAAGUUUGACCUUAAGAAGUGCGACUCGUCCAUCAUCGUCCCGCCUCUCAGUUUCGCAAAGGAUAGUCUUUAUCACCCGGUGUUCAUCAUCCCAGAGCACAUUGAGCAAUGUGUGUUUGCUACUGAGGUAUAACCUCCAGGUUUCAGCAGGACUUCGAACGCUGAAGGCCUGAAACUCACCCAGAGGAUCUAUUCUACAUGCAUUAUUAUUUAAUAUUUAUUACUGCUGCUCAACAUGGAGAAAAAACAACAAAAAAAAAGAAAGAAAGAAAGAAAGGACUUUUUAAAAGAUUUUCUUUUCUGCUUCGAUAUCGUUUUUUUUUUUUUUGGAUGAUUCUGAGAAGAAAGAGCAGCAGAGGAGAGAAAAGAGAAAAGACUGAAUGUCCGGCGUCAUUUGCACUAUUUUUCUUUUUCUUUUUUUUUUAUACCUUUUUAAAUCUUAAUAUAAUUUUUCUGUCUGUAUAUCUGAAUUUCCUUUGGAUCAAACAUAAAAGAGAAAGAGAGAGGACAUUAAGAGUUGGAGCCGUCCAGCCGACCAGGAAAAAAAAAAGACUGGUAUCCUAGCAACGCUCCCUAACCUGCGCAUCGUUAAUAAAGUUUUUUAAUCAUACGAACUCUUGGACGAUAUAUCCAGAGUUCGUACAAGGAGAAUCGGGUCCCGACAUCGCUGCUCUUUCACACAUGUAGCACACCGCUGGAUAUCUGGGAAUACUCCAUAAAUAACCGAAUCAUCAUCGCCCCCUCUUCUUCUUCUUCUUCUUCUUCUUCCCUCUCGGAUGUUUCCUGUUCUUCCUGUUUCCUGCUUCCUGUCACAUGAUAAGAAACGCCUCCAGCCCAUUGGGUAACAUCUAGAAGCGUUCAUGGUUGUGAUGCAUGUGUGAAAGAUGUCAAAAAAAAGUCAUUAAAAAAAAGGACAAUUUUUUUUAUUUUAGGGUCAAACUACCUGAGCGAAGACUUCCUGUUUGAACAGGGACGAUUUUAAUUAUUGUUGUUUCUUUUGAAAGUGAAGCAUCACAUUGUGGCCUGUUGUUAUAUUAAUAAUAAUGAGAAGAAGAAGAAGAUCCGCCUUAACAAUCAAAACCGUCCAAUCCUUACGAACUCUGAAGUGCCUCUUCUUGUAAUUUAAAAAGAACAAACUGCGACUUAAAAGGACUUAAAGCCAACGUUCAGGACGAGCAGUAGAGCCAGUUAAAGGGGUUUUUAAUCAUUUUAUUCAUUUUAUUUCUAUCUUCAUAAUCAAAAUCCUGUAUUU